AUGAUCACAAUAGUGACUAAUAGUAUAAAACAAAUUAUUUUUUUUACAUGCAUGACAACAACAACCACAAUUUGUAAUGCAAUAAACAAAAUGAAAAUGAAAACUAAUUGUAAUGAUUAUGAUGAUGAUAUACAACAACUAACAAAUCAAGCUGAAUUUAUAAAAGAAGCUGAAUAUUCUUUUUCUAAACACAUCAACUCAUUAGAACAAUUAGUUCAUAAACAAAAUGAAACAUUAAAUAAAACAUUAGGUAAUUUACUUAAAGAUCCUAAUGUUAAAUAA